ACUUCUCCACGCUCUCCUGGGUGUCUACCAGCGCCUUCACCCUGCAUCUGGAUCUCAGUAGGGCGAUUUUAUAGUCCAGUGUCCUACCAGCAGAAUCAACGGCCUCCUCGCGUGGAACAGAAGGCAAGAAAGGAAACAAAAUACAAGACUCUUUUGUCGCCUACUCCCAGCUUGUGGUUAUUACUGUCGUCGAAACUAAGGAGCCAGGUUUGGGGAUUCUUGUCUGAAGUCCAAAAAGUUUUUAAAACUCUUUUUAAACUUUGGUUCGUCGCGUCUUCGUGUUUUUGGUCGAGUCUGGAACUCGACAUUUUUCUUGAACACACGUUCUAUUCGAGGGAAUAUCUAAGACUGGAAGUUGGACAGCGUUUUUUCUGUGAUUUUUGCUCUCCCUUUUGGAGUGAAUGAAGUGGCUGUUGUGCUGAAGGAAACCGACGCGUCUCCAUGAGGAACGUCGGCGUCGCUUACACUUAGAUUCCAACACUUUAGUACACUUUUUCGCUCAGCGAUUUGGUCACUUGAGCUUUUUUGUUUGUUUGAAGCUGACACAAAAUGAAGACGCUGCUGUUGCUGUGUGUGCUUAGCACGCUGGUCGUGUUUUGUAUGUCGGCCACUGCGGAGCAAAAGUCAAAAAACUGCAACGAUGUUCGCGCUGCUUAUAGCUCCAAAGGCUUCAACGUCAACGAUGUUCCCAACAAAGGAGUGAACGGAGCAUCACUGAAAGUCUGUCCACAGGGGUUCUCCUGCUGCACUGUGGAAAUGGAGGAAAAGCUAAGUCAGCAGAGUCGUUACGAUAUCAGAGCCCCUGUCUCCAGACUUAGCACCAAUCUACAGUCCACCUUUAGGCAGAGGCAUGAGCACUUUGACAAAUUUUUCCGGGAACUUUUGAAAAAUGCAGAAAUCUCACUACACAGCAUGUUUGUAAGAACCUACGGAAUGAUGUACGUGGAAAACGCUGAGCUGUUCAAGAACUUCUUUGAGUCCCUGACGCGGUACUACGUGUCAGGGAGUGCGGCGGUCAACUUGGAGUCCAUGUUGUCAGACUUUUGGGCUGACCUCCUGGAAAGGAUGUUCCGGCUGGUCAACGUGCAGUAUGAAUUCAGUGACGCCUACAUGGAGUGCGUCAGCCGCCACACAGAGCAACUGCAGCCUUUUGGUGACGUGCCUCGCAAGCUCCGCAUCCAGUUGACGCGUGCUUUUGUUGCAGCGCGUACAUUUGUGCGUGGCCUGAACCUCAUGCCAGAGGUGGUCAACAAAGUCUCUACGGUCAGCGCAUCUCCCAGCUGUGUGCGAGCGGCCAUGAAAAUGUUGUACUGUCCCUACUGCUCGGGCCAAGUGGCGCUGAAGCCCUGCCAAAAUUACUGUCUUAAUGUAAUGCGGGGCUGUUUGGCCAACCAAGCAGAUCUGGACACAGAAUGGAACAACUUUCUUGAUGCCAUGCUUGGGCUGGCUGACAGACUCGAAGGUCCUUUCAAUUUUGAGUCUGUCAUGGAUCCCAUUGACGUGAAGAUUUCCGAGGCCAUCAUGAACAUGCAAGAGAACAGCAUGCAAGUGUCACAGAAAGUAUUCCAUGGAUGCGGCCAGCCUAAACCAAGCAUGGCAUUCCGUUCCAAACGUUCUGCCAAGGACACAGCCUUCACUGGACGCUUCCGCCCUUACAGCCCUGACGCAAGACCUACCACUGCUGCUGGAACAAGCUUAGAUAGACUGACGAAUGACGUAAAGAAGAAGUUGAAACACGCCAAGAAGUUCUGGUCAACUUUGCCAGAGACAGUUUGUGCUGGUGAGAGAAUUGCACCCGGUGAUGACUGCUGGAAUGGAACAGCAAAAAGCAGGUAUGAGGCUGUAGUCAUUGGCAAUGGGCUGGCUAAUCAGGUAUCCAACCCAGAUGUGGAUGUGGACAUUACUAAGCCAGAUACUGUGAUUCGAAGUCAGAUUGCAGUUUUGAAAGAAAUGACAAGUUGGCUUAAAGCUGCGUACAGCGGCAAUGAUAUUUCAAUUGAGAAUGACGAGGAAGCCAGCGGAGGAGAGGAGAGCGGCAGCGGCUGCGAUUCUCCAUCCUGUGACACGGAUCGAGACAUCUACUUUUCCACUCCGCCUAACCCGGUAGAUCCUCGGGUUAAUCUGGUACAUGCUGAGGCAUCCGCUGGCGUCACCUUGCGGGGAAGCGUGGCAUUAGCGUUCUGCGGGCUGGCCCUGCUUGCUGCCCACUUGAGAUAAAAGUAUUUGGGCCGUGAGACGACGAGAAUGACUGAGAACGACGGAGUGAAGGGGAAAACUGUCAGAAAGACUUUUAACAAGGCUGCCUUCAGGACCUCGGACAGUCCGUCAUUUGGGGGUGGGGGGAAACUCUUUUUAACAGUACAAUUGAUUUCACUUUUAAUUAUUUGCAUGUGUUGAGGACAACCGCGUCCUACAAUCGGAUUCUCAUCCCAUGAAAAUCACCUUUCCCACCAAGUAAAACCUUGACUCUGUUAGAGCUUCACUAUGGUUCUGCCUGCAGCUUCAGGAAAACUAUUUGUCGUAUUUUGGCAGUUAAAUUUCAUACUUCAAUGUGUGCCUUCUUCAAUGUAUAAAUAACACAUGGUACCUAUUGGUGUCCUUCCAUCAUACAGAGAUCAAAUAGUGUAGAUUUUAUUGGUUAUAUUUGAGCAGUGAAAAUGAGUGUUCAGUUCUGAACGUCAAUCACCGUUCUGUGUGCAAACUGUGAAUCUCUGUGCUUUUAUGCUUUUUCCAACAACAGCCAGUAUAAAAUUCCUGGGAAUGGAGCGCUUUCACUUGAGUGUGCACUCUCUAUUCUGUUUUCCUUGGAAAGAUAGAUUAUCUUGUCAGCGCUCGAGCAUUACUUCAUAAAUACAACGAGAGAAGGUACAGUUAAUAUAUAUAUAUAUUAACAGGAGAUGGAGUCAUUCUUUACAAGUGUUUUGAAGGCUCUUGGUUGCAAAUAUGCACAUACUUUAUCGCCUAAAACUAUAAUUUACAGGCUAACUUUUAAGUUUCUCUACUGAGCAGUUCAGUAGUAGGGUCAUACCUCAUACAUGCUAUACCAGUGCAAUCGAGUUAUUAUGGAGUUGAAAGUGUCUGUUGGAGAUCAGCAGCAGGACCCUCCCAGUGUUACCCCUUAAGAAGGCAAAGCUGUCAAGUCCUAAAUACCCCCUUUUUUGUACUGUAAUCUUAGUUCACUGAAGAUCUGACUUUGUACAGUCUUACAUUUGAAAGAAAAACAAAAAUCCUAUUCAAUUUAAACAAGAGAACCAAAAAAAAAAAAAAAUGCUUCGAUCAAAGGAUAUCAAGGACAGAUUAUUUUAAUACAGGGUUUUUAAAUAAUGUUGAAGAGGUGCUGUAUUUUUAUAGCUAUUUUUGGUAUGACGAUAUAUAUUAGGUACUACAGUGGGGUUUGAAUGUUAGUUUUUAGGUGGUUGAACUGGCACGUAUGCUGCUUGGAUGCACCUCUUACAUGGCCUUUUUCAGUAUAAUUGGAAUCCUCGUGAACUUUUCAAUCUGUAACUAUUCUUGUUCCUUGUUCCUAAUCAUUUUAACUCAUGGUUAAAAGCUGACAUUUUGUCACAAGUUUAAACAAAUUGACACAAUUUAUGGCACAGAUUUUCUGAUAAUCUUCUUACAUAGUUGGAAACUUGUAAAGAUAAAAUGAAUGUAAAUUUCAUUGAAUUCUGUUGUUGAAAUUCCAUCAAGGAUGUUACUCAAAUAGCACGAUAAGUUGUUGUGGUUUUUCCAUUUCAUCUCUAACAUUGUGGUCAAAUAAGUAGCCUUUGUACAUGAGAUAAUUCUCCAAAACUGUCAAAUAUUCAUAAUUUACAGUAUUCAUUGUCAAGCAAAAGUCAGUCUUUGAUUUACACUUUAGGAUUUUACAUAUGCAAACUUAAAAUUUUUAAUAACAAAAGGCAGACAUUUCUAUACAUCAUCUUUUUGUCUUUUUUUUUUUUUUUUUUUGGGGGGG